AUGUCUUUCAUCGAUGAGACCAUCAACCACCCGGUCCCCAUCCUAUCCUCAUUUGAACCGCACAAUGCAUCACACAACGAGCAAUCCCUGACUACGGUGGACAACGAGAAGGGAAAAAUCGCCGACGAACAGCCAUUGGAAAAUGCCGAUGCCAGCGAAGAUAGCGAUCCAGAUGUCGUCCUCGUGGACUUUGACGAGAACGACCCGGAAAACCCGCUGAAUUGGUCGCCAGUGCACAAAUGGCUGAUUGUGAUUGUUGUUUCAUGGAUGGGGUUUGUCAGUGUCUUCUCAACAAUGACAAUCGUACCCACGGCACCCGAAAUCCUCCAAGAAUUCCAUUCACACAGCUCAGUUGACCAGACUCUCCUCGUCACGAUCUGGGAACUCGGCGAAGGAAUCGGCCCAUUUUUCAUCGCGCCGCUGUCCGAGAGAUUCGGUCGACUUCCCGUCUUCCAUAUCGGGAAUUUCCUCGCGCUGCUCUGCUUAGUCGCCAGCGCGCUGAGCGUCAACAUCUCCAUG